UAUGGUUUGUUCAUGUGUGCGCCCUUUCCCUUCCUCUGUCUGCCUCUCACUUUUCUCUCUGUGGCAGAAUAUCGCAGACGACGGAAAUGGAGGAAACGAGAACGGCGUUGACGGAAACGUCUCGAGAUAAUUGUUCGCUCCUGGAUGUACAGGGUGUCGGGAAGCGUGAAUUAGAGAACAGAAAUUUCUCCGAUCCCUCGCCUUCGUCGGAUGAUGAUUGGGAAGCUGUUGCAGACCGGGCUACAAAUGAACUUUAUCAUGAUAUAGAAUCUAGAGCAUCUAAGCUUUCCUUGGACUUGUCUGCUUCACAUUUCGAAAAUGGACCAUCCAAAAACCUAGUGGAAGAAGAAGCUCAUGCUCCUAAGCAACGGGGUCGAGGAUCAUUUAUGUAUGGAAAGAAUGGGCUAUAUAGUGAUCAAUAUAUUGAUGAUGCUGAUGGAUGUUGUUCUGAAGAUGAAAUGGAUCACGAAUGCCAGCAAAGGACUACUGAGAACGAGAAUAAGAAAACCCAAUAUGGCAUGGAUCACACUCUUGUCCUUAGUGGCUUUCCAUCAAGUACACGAACAACUGAACUGGAAAAGGAUUUUGAUAGCUUCAGGGAUCGUGGAGUUAGUAUCCGCUGGGUUGAUGAUACUACUGCACUUGCUGUAUUUAGAACUCCGGCACUGGCAUGGGAAGCUCAUAACAGUGUUCACUGUAGUUACUCCAUAAGAGUAUUGGAUGAGAAUGAUCCCAUCAUUAGCUCAAUUUCUUCAAAAGAUCUGGAUCCUCCCCAUCCCCGACCCAAGACAUCAGCACGAACAGCACAGAGAUUGAUUGCGCAAGGUAUGGGACAAAAGCCGUGCUCAAAUUUCAGUGCUUAUGAUUUACGGAAACAAGAGGAAGCAAGGAGGAAUCGCAUCCAGAUGCGUCAGAAAUUGAGGGAUGAUGCAUGGGGAGAUGAAGUACCUUAAUCAUCUGCUACCCUACGAGCACCCUCUAAUUGGUGCUUGCCUUGGAGGUACAUUACUGACAAAUGGCUCAAACCACGUGCAGUCUUAUUUGAUAAACUUGGAAAUAGUUUCCCAACUUACUAUCUAAGUAAACAAUUGCCAAAAUGUAAGAGAUAAUUCCCAUUUCUUAUGGUCGAUCUUCGUAGCAGUCUAAUUUUGCAAUAUAAAUAAAGACAAGUAUCUUUGGGCGUGUCUACGGGAAUUAUUUGAAAUUAGAAACAAAUUGAGUCUUCCCUGGGUUCAUCUCGA